AUGAGACAGAGAACCAGAAAAAUUUCCAGUACCCCUAAGCCCUUGAAAGUGAAGAGCAGCCAAUAUACAUUAGCAUACUACUCAGCCAAAAGCAGUCUUGCCAUGGGUAUGUUUAAUACCUCCAUGGGGAAACUGCAGCGACAACUGUACAAGGGGGAGUACCCUAUAUUCCAAUAUGCACCAGUGUUUGAGAGUGACUUUAUACAGGUCAGCAGGAAAGGAGAAGUGAUUGAUGUGCACAACCGGGCCCAAAUGGUGACUGUGGGCAUCGUUCGUACCAGCCCCCACCUCACACUGCCUGAUGUUAUGCUGCUGGCCCAACCAGUUGCUAUCUGUGAUGACUCUAACAGGCACGGCCCUGCUGCCCAGAAGAGAGGUAAAAAGCCUACACAGAUCUUGGAGCUAACCAGGCUGUUCCCCUUGAAGUUUGUAGAGAUAUCCAUUCAUAACAGUAAAAAACAACAGCUCCGCCUGAAGCUUGCCACUGGCCGCUCUUUUUACCUUCAGCUGUGUCCCCCUACAGAUAGAGGGGAUCUUUUUAUUCAGUGGAAAAAACUCAUUUAUAUCCUGAGACCAUCAGUAAAUGCUCACAGCAGAGCCCGGGCCACCCCAGCUAGGAACAUUCUGGACAUAACUGGAUUUAAGAAAAGAGAAGAAGUGCCCAGUGGACUGCAAGUCCUCGUGUUCUCAGAGGGCACUUCCAGCCCAUCAGUAAGAGCUGUUGGCCUCUCCCCAUGGGGCAGCAUGAGUAUAGGGAUUGCAGGAGUGGAGACUACUGGUAAGCCUGUUCCAAAAACAGUUAAAGGCUUAGUAUCCAGACUCCUCAUCUCAACCUUACAGAGUGAAGGCUACAUGAGUAAGCACAGUGGUGAACAGAGGGUCUCCACCCAUCAGGAUUAA